UCCGGUUGAGAUUAUUUCAUCCAUGCUCCCGAGACGGUGAAUGUACAACACGAAAGGCAAGACUGAAGAACAAGAGCCAGUAAAACCACAGCUGAGAUGUUCAAACUGGAAGGACUCGGACCUAAAAUGGACCCGGAGGAGAUGAAGAAGAAAAUGCGACAAGAUGUCAUCUCGUCUUUACGAAACUUUCUUAUUUACGUCGCCCUUCUCAGAGCCACCCCAUAUGUGUUAAAGAAGCUGGACAGCAUAUGAAGGGAGCAGCUGGUCUCUUCUUCCACCAUCUGCUGAGGGUUCACUGCAUCAGAGACACUAUGGACCAUCAUCAGGAGGCAGCUGGGGCCAUGACAGCAAAUCCUGUUGAAGACGACUGGUGUCUGUCCAACACUGCACCCGACGAAACACCUCAUUCUCAUUUUUGGUGUUGGUUCUUGUUGCUCAUUUUCAGUCUGCCUUUCUUGUGAAACAUAUUGUGAUCACUAUUGGAUGCAAAGUUGGGUAGUGUGCAUGCCUGCCAUGUUCACACAAUAAAGGCAGACAAUGUUUAUUUUGUUAUUACAUGGCAGAUGUUCAUGCCUGCACACGUGGAAUGGAAAUUGUUGAGCUCCGUCAGAAAUUUUAGUUGUGCAAAAAUAUUUUUCGACAUUUUCAUUAAUGAUUUUUUUUAACAUAAUUGUCAUGACAUCACUGAAAAUAAAAGUGGAGAACAAGAAA